AAAAAAUGGAUCUUUGGUUGAGGUGACGGAUCUACAGAAACACAUUACAAACAAUACAAAACUGCUAAAGAUGUAUAAUUCAUCAUAUUGGUCUUCUGUUUCAUUUACUCCUUGGAUAGUAUACAGAGGUUGUUUUUCAAGUAAGUUUGGAGGAAAGUACUUUGUUCAAAACCAGAAUACCGUUGGGAAUUGCUUUAGUAGCUGUGAUUGGUAUUGUAACUUGUACAACAUUGCCUUAUCCAAUUUUGCUCUAGAGGGCAAAGUGUGUUACUGUUAUUGUAAUAAGACCGACAUCUCACACUGGAAGCUAGCAGGAAGCAAUAAAUGUAACAUUACCUGUCAAAACUCUACAGAGGAUGGUUUCUGUGGUGGAAAUGGUCACAUGUCAUUCUAUAAAGUUGAUAAAGACAAUAGGGCAGGAGGUGAAUUUUGUUUGGCGUAUAACUGUCAUCUCAAUAAAAUCUACGGACAUAAUUGUACACAGGAGUAUGAAGGUUACUGCGUUACUAAAAACCGGGACGAAACCUUCACUUUUACAAAGCAACUUCCUAUGACUUGGAGUAAUUAUUCAAGAGCUUGUAAAAGUCAGAACAAGUUCAUGACCGCUUAUCAACAAGAAUGGCCUCGACAUCCAUCUUGUAAUGGUCAUGCCUGGACUGGAAUUAGGACGUACUUAAUAACGAAUUAUCCAGGGUCAUACUUCACAAGCUUCAGAUCUUGCUAUACAGUUCAAUGGAAUUUUAAGUGGGAGUAUGUGAGGAGCAAUUGUUAUGAAAAACAUCAUUUUAUCUGCAAGUUUCAAGGGACUUUUUCAUCUACAGUGAAAACAACAACAGGAAUCACAAACUUUAUUGCAACUAAUACCAAAGGUACCAAAUCUCUUAGAAGGAUAUCGACAGAAAUAUUAACAAUGACAGGUCAAGCUAAACAUACCCGUAUCGCUCCUAAUUACGGAACAAGUCCAGAAUUUACAGUUUCUCCGACCACAGAUCUGUUUUUUACCGAAGAUCCCACUUCAAUCGCAAAGAAUUUUGGGAGAGAUUUUCAGAAAAGGACUACUAUUGUUAACAUCGCUUCAAAAGGUUGGACAUCAUAUCUAAGCAAAGACAACGAUGAAUCCAAGUCAAGUACCAUUGGGAUAAUUGUUGGUUCUACCCUUGCUGUCUUUUUAUGUGCUUCCAUUUGUCUGCUUCUGUUGUAUCUGAAAAGAAAACGCAAAUUGCGGACACCUUCUGUAAAGUUUACAAAUAACGCAUAUGAGGAAAAAAGCGUUGAAACAAACAAUCUUAGGGAAAACGCUAUUUACAUCAACGAGACUUCAAAAAAUUGUUCUCAGACAACAGCAAAGUCUGACCAUGACGAUGUUUAUGUUGAAAAUGCUGAAGGCGUGUACGACAGCUUACACAGUUCUCGUCAGAAAAAGUCCUCUUAUGACAACCCACAGUAUGACAGCACGAUAGGAUGGGAUAACGUCUACUCUUCUACAACACAUCAGGAUAAUACAAACCAUGGGAAUAGUGAUGAAAGUGAUUACAACACUUUGGAUGGCACUCGGGAUGGAAAUUCCUCAAUGGAAAACUCUGAUUAUGACACUUGUAAUCGCUAUGUGACUUCUGAUGGGAAUCUGUAUCAAAAAGUAUGAGUGAUUAAGAUAUGCUUUCACAUUCUUUUAUGAAGAAAGAAAUGAUCUAUCAUCAACUUUCAAAUGUAAAUCAUUUUGAGAGAGAUUUUAGGCAUACCUUCCCAAAGUUCGCUUAAUACAUGUAGUAAUGAAAUUGUAGUAAAAUAAACGUUUUACAUAUGUGCAUGUAUGUGGUUGCAGAAAUGGGAUAUUAUGAGUAUAAAACGAUUGUGGGUGUACGCAUUGUGGAAUGUACCAGAGAGCAUGGAGGUCCUAGUUAUUAUGCAAGAUUGAUACAUAAACUUAAUGUUUAUGCCAUUUCAAUAAUAACGUCUGAUUAUCCUUUUUAAACUUUGUUAAGAAUUUUGUUUGGUAGUGCCCCUCACAAACUGAAAAUGUUUGGUUGUGUCCUCCCCCAAAUAAAAUUGUAUUCCACUGCUAUCAUUUCACUAUGAAUAAUACAUGUAAUUUAUCUUCUAGCAACCAUUUUAUUGCUACCCUAUAUACAUAUAUAAUACAAUAAGGUUCAUUCUGAACAUCUGUUUAAUUAAUAUUGCCUUUUUACAUAUAACAGAUGUUAGGUAUUUCAAAUUAGGUUUGGGAACUUUUGCAAUACAGACUACAAGUAAUUGAUUUUUCGUUCCGUUGAUUUAUAAUUUCUUGAUUUGCUAUUAUUAAGAUAAGAAAUCAUAUACAACCAAUAUAUCUUUUACAUUAAUUACUUUCAUCUCUGAUUUGUAUUAUGAAUUCUCUUUCAAAUAAUUUUCAGCUGCUUUUUCCCCAUUUUUUCAAUUAAGGUUUAACUUCUACGGUGUUAAAAUGUGUAAGAUAUUAAAUCUGUAUAUAAAUGUCAAACUAAAAUGUAAACACUUCUUAAACAGAAUCUUUUUUAAUGAUGAAGAUAUAUGAAGUCGAAUAAAGUCUC